AUGCUCGUGCUCAUGGUGAGCUUGGCUGUGUUAGCAGCCUCUUUGGUAACCGGAGAUAUAAUGAAGAAUUUGACUACUGUAACUUGGGCACAUGCAGUCAACAAUAAGACCUAUCUGGAGGCAGUUUUAGCCAGCGAUAUCUCCAUGCUUGAAGCAGAUAUAGUCAUAGGCCAUGUGAUCGGUAAGGAUGGUCCUCCGAUACCAAUCAUGGCGCACCCACCAGCCACAACCUCCGAUAUCUCACUUGGCGACUUUCUGACCGCUGUAUUGCAGAGCAACAAUGGCAACCCUAAACAGAAAGGUGUAAAGUUGGACUUCAAGAGCAUUGAGGCGUUUGAAAAGUCGCAGGAGCAGAUCGCACAGUUUAGUAAACCUGAGGUAACGUUCCCGUUAUGGCUCAACGCUGACAUCCUUCCGGGGCCGGUGAACGCGACAUCAAUCCCCGUGGACCCACUGAAGUUCAUUGCUCUGGGGGCGAAGCACCCGCGCGCAGUGCUCUCCUUGGGCUGGACAACCAACUACGGCGGGAACAUCACCUUGGGCGAGUACAGCCGGGAGCAGAUCGGAACGAUGCUUCGACUCGUGAACGAACGAGUCAAUCAGACAGUCACUUUUCCUGUCCGCGCCGGCUUAGCGUCCAACAGUCAACCGGUACUUCUAGAUCUUCUCCGGGAAACUGCAUCUUUGAACUCCACGAUAACAGUGUGGUCAAGCGAAGGCGACGCUGUUGAAGUGGACCGUCUCCGAGCCUUGAUCCUCACCGUUGGACUAGAGAAGACUUACCUGGACAUACCGCAUGACCUAGCGGCUAAGCUACACCUGCCAACUGAUACUAACCUGAAUUAUUAA